CUGACUGAAGCAAUGUCGCCGAGGUGAAGGCACCGAGCUGUGGUCGGGAGUGCGCGGCGGCUCGGGCCGGGUGGAAGCUCCGCUUCGGGAGGCUUCAUGGAGAAACCGGCGCCGAGAGGACGGGGCAAGCCCGUGAUAGCAGUCAAUGGUUCCGAGCUGAAAGAUGGGCUGAAAGUACCCAGAGUUUUGUAUCUCAUUGAAAACAAAGGUGAAUAUGAAUUGUUCAUCUCUGCAACUUCAGAAGCUAAUGUUGGAACUAUCGCAUGUCAAACAGUGAUCCCCAUUAAUAACCAGUUUCACAUUAUACAAGAGGCUGAGGAAGCUCUUUUAAUUGAUGACCCUUUUACGCGUUUAUGUAGGGUCCGUAUACAAGGGGGCCAAACAAGCUACCUUUUUGAGCUGCCAGAUGAUGAAUACUGUCUCACUUUCCUCACUGAAGUGAAAAGGAUCCAACAAGCUUUAACUAAAAGCAUUGGAGCUGAAAAGGUAAUAAAGGAUCCAUUUGGAAUGGAAUCAGCAAGUUGGCCCCAAAUGUUGGAUCCAUUGCAUGGCAAACCAAGUGGAGCAGUUAACUCAGAAUUUAGGUUUGACGAUGAUUUCAGUGAUAUUCUAAAUCUGGAGAAGAAAAACCAACAGAACCAAACUGGAAGCAAUUUUACAGCUGUGGCAGUGCCCCCUCGGAUAGAACCAACUACUGAGAAGGAUAUACCACGAAAUGGGCAACCAAGAGUAUCCAAUACCAUGAGAAAGCUGUUUGAGCCAAGUAAUCAGUCUGGUGCCAGAGAAGGCCUGAUUAAGCAUUACCUUGUUCGGCGGGAGAGAGAAUACGUCAACAUUCACAAUUUUAGAUUUUUUAUUGGCACCUGGAAUGUGAAUGGGCAAUCUCCUGAUACUAGUUUGGAUCCAUGGCUCCGUGCUGACCCUCACCCACCUGAUGUGUACUGUCUAGGUUUUCAGGAGUUGGAUCUGAGUACCGAAGCUUUCUUUUACUUUGAAUCUUCCAAGGAACAAGAAUGGCUGAGUGCUGUAGAAAGAAGUUUGCACCACAAAUCCAAAUAUUACAAAAUUAAAUUGAUUCGUUUAGUUGGAAUGAUGAUGAUCAUAUUUGUUAAAAAGGAGCAUGAAAAGUACAUAAGAGAUGUGGAAGCAGUGUCAGUAGGGACAGGAAUCAUGGGAAAGAUGGGUAAUAAAGGUGGAGUGGCAGUGCGGUUUGUCUUUCACAACACAAGUUUCUGCAUAGUGAACUCUCACCUAGCUGCUCAUGUGGAGGACUUUGAGAGACGAAAUCAGGAUUACAAAGAUAUCUGUGCACGCAUGAUUUUCCAAGUAGCUCAGCAGAAUCAACCAUCUAUAAGCAUUAGUAAACAUGAUGUUGUUAUUUGGCUCGGGGAUCUGAAUUACAGACUCUGUCUCCCAGAUGCCGGUGAAGUGAAGGCAUUGAUAGAAAAGCAAGAUUUGAAGAAACUUUUGGAAUAUGACCAAUUAAAUAUCCAACGCAAAACUAAGAAAGCAUUUGCAGACUUCAAUGAGGGAGAAAUUCAUUUCAGACCAACUUAUAAGUAUGACACCAAAUCUGAUCGAUGGGACUCAAGUGGCAAGUGCCGUGUCCCAGCAUGGUGUGAUCGCGUGCUCUGGAGAGGUGAAAGUGUUCAUCAGAAAAGUUAUCGAAGUCACAUGGAGCUUCGAACUAGUGAUCACAAGCCUGUCAGUUCACUCUUGGAUAUUGGGGUGAAAAUUGUAGAUGAGCAGAGAUACAAGAAAGUGUUUGAAGAUAUUGUUCGAGUGAUGGAUCGGAUGGAGAAUGAUUUCUUACCUUCUUUAUGCCUUAGCAGAAGAGAUUUUACCUUUGAGGAUGUUAAGUUCCGACAGCUGAAAAGGGAAAAGUUUCAGAUAACCAAUGAUGGGCAAGUGCCAUGUCAUUUCUCCUUCAUUCCUAAACUAAAUGACAGUCAUUACAGCAAACAAUGGCUGCGAGCAGAACCUUGUGAAGGCUACCUUGAGCCGAAUGAAUCUGUGGAUAUAUCACUUGAAGUUUAUGUUAGUAAGGAUACUGUGACAUUAUUAAAUUCAGCUGAGGAUAAGAUUGAGGACAUCUUGGUUUUGCAUCUGGAUCGGGGAAAAGAUUACUUCCUUACUAUUGGUGGUAACUACCUGCCAAGCUGCUUUGGUACAUCACUUGAAUCAUUGUGUCGAAUGAAGAAGCCAAUAAGAGAAGUGCCCAUCACCAAGCUUAUAGACCUGGAGAAAUCUCGUUUAGAACUUGUCUCAGUGGAUAAUGCAGGAACUGACAAUAGACCUCUGCAGAUUCCGAAAGAAAUUUGGUUGUUGGUGGAUCAUCUCUUUAAAAAUGCAAGUCAACAGGAGGAUUUGUUCCAGACACCUGGUACACAGGAAGAACUUCAACAGAUUUUUGACUGCUUGGACAUGAGCAUUCCACAAACUAUUCCUGGCAGUAAUCAUUCAGUAGCUGAAGCUUUGCUCAUCUUCCUUGAAGCACUUCCAGAGCCUGUGAUAUGUUAUGAGCUGCAUGUUCGAUGCCUAGAAUCCUCAUUUGAUAAUCGCAGCUGUAGACAGUUAAUAUCUCAGUUGCCCCGCAGUCACAGAAAUGUGUUCAAGUACUUGAUGGCAUUUCUGCGGGAAUUGUUGAAGCAUAGUGAAGAAAACAAGCUUGAUGCUAGGAUGUUAGCUACCCUCUUUGCAAGUCUUCUUUUGAGACCACCACCAAAUUUAAUUGGGAGGCAAACCCAGAAUGAUCGCCAACGUGCUGUGGAUUUCAUCUAUGGCUUCCUGACCAGUGGAGAUGAUGACUAAAUGCUAGACAAACAUAUCAGCACACCUUCACUACACUGUGACAGUAGCUGCAUUUGUUAAAGUAGUGAUUGAAUGAUACAGGUGAUGAGACCUAUUUUUUCAGUGCAUUUCAGUAUUGACCAGAGUGAAAUAAGACAGCUGCUUAAUCUUUUUCUCAUUAAGUAGCUAAGAAUGCUUGUCACACUGUGGCCUGGUAUAACCAUACACGUUUUGAGCAGUUGCAUUACUCGUGUCAAUCUGAACUUUCAUCCAACUAUUAUAUCUUUUUCUAGUAAUGUGUUUAAAAAUCUGUAUUUACUUCCAAGUUAGUUCAGGUUAAGAGUGGGAAUCUUUUAUGUAAUUGAAAGUGACUGAAGGGUGUUGUCUCUGGUGAAACAGGUACAGGGUCAAUCACAGUACAUGAAACCUGUAUAUGCUUCCACCGUUGAAAUGCAGUACUCCUAAUUGUAGCAGUACAUAGAAAAUGGUCUGAAAUAGCCUCAAAUAAAUACAAACAGUAAAUUAAUGCAUUGAGUAAUAAUGCUUCAAUCUCCACAAUUGUGCUGGUUCUUGUGUCUACUUAAAAACAGAAUGCUACAUUGUGUCCUGAGUAAAAGUACUUUGCAUAAGAGAUUAUUCAAAGCUUUUAGCCUGUACACCCAAAUAAAGAAGACCACAUGGAAGCAGCAGAUUAUUAGGAAGACAGAACAAAUGCUUUAAUUUUCAGGGAUAGAAUUUCUUUAAUAUAUAUCAUAAUAUUUGUUCUUUGAAAUAUGACUAAUGCAUAAAGUUUUUUAAAGUUCCAGAAUUCUUGAUGCCCUUAAGCAGAAUUAGACCAGCAAAUAUUCGACUUGUCUGCAGAGUUCAUGCAGAGAUUCUGUACAAGUUUUGCAAAAUUCUAUUCAAGAAAUGGAUGUAGCAAUGGUUACUUGUUCUUUUCAUAUUGAUUGAAGAUUACAUUUGUGAUAUACAAAUUAUAUAUGCUUUACCUGUGAGGUAACAAUACAGCUUUGUUUUCUAAUUUCUGCAUGAAGAAGUCAAAGCCUACCCUGUCCUGUAAAAGCAAAGGGCAGUCGUCAUGUAAUAUUAGAUUCCAAACCAAUUUUAGACCAUCCACUUCUAGAUCCCAGUGUACAGGGAAUUCAAAUUUAGAUCAGCCUGAGUGAAUGGCUGAAUUUUGGCUGUUGUAAGCUGAAGUGCUCCAGCUCAUCAUCCAGAAUCACAUUUCCUGUUUGCCAAUCAGUAAUAUUGCAGUGCCAUAAACUAUCCUGCCACUUAAGCAGAGAAAAAUGUAUGAAUGUUAUUUUAUUCAAUUGGAAUAAUUUUAAAUUGAAGCCAUGUAUCAUUCAAUCACUAGUAAAAAGCCAUGUGUUAAUCAGUUAAACUGAUGUAUUGUUGCCAGAUCCUAGUCAUGGGGACGCGAGUGUGUACAUAUAUUUAAAAAUCUAUGUCAUAAAAUUUAUGUUACCCAGAGUACUUUCAAUACAAUGUAUACUCCUAAGUAAGGUGCAAAUAUAUUUUUUUUCCAAAAUCAACCAACACCUACUUUUGAUGAGAUGUUUGUAAAUGUCUGUAGAGAUGCCUUGUUUCAAACUCCACAUUCCGUUAUGAACACCUUUGCUGAGAAUAUCAACACUAAGAACCUUUCCACUCAAUUUCAGUUGUUUAAUGUUUUCUCUUCUAAAUGCAUUGCCUAAAUGAUAUGAAGAAUGUAAUACUUACGUACAAUUAAAUUAUUUUUUAGUACAAAUUGGCUUGAAUCUAAGAGUUGAAAGAUAUCAGUUAAUUAGUCCCGAUUGCACAUCAAUUGAAAUGAAAUAUAAUCAGGCAGCUCGAUUUUUGAAGUCACUGAUCGCUAGAAAAGCAGAGGUGUUAAUGUGAAACCUUGGACUGGUAUUUUUGCUAACCUAACCAGGGCAAAUUGAGAUAACUGACAUCAAUCAAAACCAGAAACUAAUUGAAAGCCCAUUAAAUUCCUCCCCUUCAGUGUACUGAACUACUGAAGUGUCUUCGUCUGUUGUUUAAAGGUUUUAUCAUCUUUGUUUUUGUCGUUGUAGUGCCAGGUGUAAGUCAACAGACUUGAUAUACUAAUCGAGAAGCCUAAUUCAAAAGACCAGAUACCAGAGGUAUUCAAUGUCAUUGGUAUGGGGGCAGGUAUUUAGAUGCCAAACUGUGAUUUGCAAUUGUUGUAAUACACUACAAUGUAUACUUCAAUAUUUAAAUUCUUUCAUGAUCUUAGUUAAACUUUCCAAUUAAAAUCAGUUUAAAUCUGUAUCCACAUUAUUUGUCUUUUAUUAAUAUAUAGUUCUGACUUCUCUUGUUUGGACCUUUUGAGUUAUCAGGAAGUUUAUUUUUAUAAUUGACAUCCUCAAUCUCUUAAGGUAUCAAACGUUCGAGAUAAAUGAGGAAUGCAACACAUCAUUUUGAUAGCAAACAUUUAUAAAGUUGUUUUGCUGUGCUAUCUUAGAAUGCAGCCUGAUCAUUGUUAAUUAUGCAAAUAAUUAAUUUAACUAAUAACAUGGUAUAGCUAAUUCCAAUAAUGCAUUUUUAAAAAUGAAACACAAAGUAGUGUGAAGGAAUUGUUACAUUCCAGCAUAUCAAAAUACAAGCUGUUAAUCUUUUGAGGUGGAGAAUUGAAUUGUUCAUUCUGUAGUAUUCCAGGAUGACAUUACAACUAUUGCUUGUUAGUUGUUUGAUAAAGACAGUCCUUGUUCACUCUUCAUAUUGUUUGCUUUGAGUAACAAAAGAAGGCAUGUGUUCAGUUCUGAUAUUCAGGACAUGUAUUCACAAUCUUUGAAAUUGUGUAUAAGAUCAGAUCUUCGAAACUACUUGUUAUAGUUUAAAUUAUUUGUCCUUCAUACUGACCCUUCUGGAAGUAAUGUUUGAUAUGGUACUUUAAUGUAUGUAUUUUCCCUUUUAUUGUAUUAUUUGCAAUGUCAGUGGGUCACCAAUCCAUGGUCUUACAUGUAUUAUAGUACUGUUUUUUGAGCAAUAUGUAUAUUUGUUUUCUGUUAUUUAGGCUAUAAAUAUGCAGCUACUUUGAAAUCCUUUUUGACUAAAAGUAAAACAGCACUCCAUAUUGAAAAAGCAUUUGAGUGUGAAGUUCAGAAAUUUGAGAGAUCCUAUCAUAAAGGAAGGUUAUCUCGGCUGCGCAUUCAAACAAACAACCAUAACAACUUUCAAAACGCUUUGAUUCUUAGAAAUUAAUCCUGUAAACAUAUUAGUUUAUUUUAACAUUAUUUUAUAAAAAUGUAGAUAAUUUUGUGCUUCGGAUUUAGGAAGCAACCUUUUUAGAGUUUUCUAACAAGUCAUUCUUAAGGUGUCUGAAAUGUCUGUAAAGUAGGUGCUGUCUGUCUGCUCGGGUCACAGGUUGGAUAAAAUAGGGUGGUGUCUUCUGUGGGUGGAAGUGAUGUAUUUUGAACUUGACAUCUUUAUUUAUUGACCAAAAACUUAGUGGCCUCAACCAGUUUUAUGUUUAAAAUUUAUGUCACUUAUAUAUAUUGUUCAUAGUAUCUUGCAUGUUAUACUCAGAAGGUUGCUUAAAUCUAUAACACCGAUUAGUUGGAGACUAAAAUAAUCACAAUAGUUAUGUUUUUGGGUAGCAUUUAGUUAACUUUAUCUGCUUGCUGCAACAUUUACCUUGCUCAUGUUUUUUCCUCAGUUCUUUCAGUUCGUCUAGAACCAUACCUAUGUGACCAAAAGAGUAUGAUUGCAGGCCUAUACAAAAUGUCAGCAUUUUGAAACUAAGGUGCUUGUCCUACUGUCAGAGCAUUCCCCCCCACCCCCUCAUUCUUGCAAUAGAGACAUUACUCAGCUUAGAACUUGAGCAGGGUGGAGGAUUAAAUGUACAUAUCACUUGAUGCUGAAAUUUACAGUUCGAAUGCUGAGCAUUGCUGUGCUAGUGUUGUUCAGAUUUUUUUUGUUCCAAGUUGUACUGUAGGAACUGCUCAAUCUACUUUUUAUUGUAAAUGCAAUGUCCUUGUUAUUGAUCAACUGCAUGAUGUUUAAUAAAAUCCACUGUUUCAAA